AAGCCUGAUACGUAAGUCUGUUUCCCCGUUGUGUGUUAUGUUCCGACGUUGAGUUUGUGAAUGCGAUGAUCCAUUCCGCGAAGUAGCGAGGGAUGAUUCGUGGAAGGAACGAAGCUGAUGUUGUAUAUGUAUAUUUAUAUACCCUCUCAUCUUCUCUGCAAUAUGUCCCUAUCAAUCCAGAUAGCCUUUACGCAAUAAACUCUAGAACAAGACUUCCAACAUGAAUCACCUUUAUACAAUCGGUCUUCUUUUGUUGACUGCAGUGUAAGCAGUCCUUGAGUUCCUUCUCCACUACCAAAGCGUAUAGAUACUUACAUUGCCCUUAGGCAAAACGUCUACUGUCUUCCAGACGCCCUUCGUCAUCGUUCCGAAACAUGUGCUCCAAGCUUGAUAACCACUUCAUACAUUAGUACCAUCUCAACAGUCAAGACAGUCCCUCAUUCUUGCUAUACCCGUACAAUUACCACCAUUCAAAGCUCCUUCCGUAUGUUAUCAAACUUUUCUCAAGUAGUUUCAGCGAACUAAUAAUACGAUAGCUUGCUCGGGAACAAAAUCUUUCAACCCUGCCACCUGUGGACCCGGUAUGUAAAACCAAUCACAAAUGUGAAAUCCCCCAAAUCUAACAAAAAGUUAAGUUCCCCUAUGUAUCCUUCUGUCAACAACAACUAUAACCGUUCCACCCAGCACCAGCUGCUGCCGCGCAACUCCGACCAUAACCGUCCCUGGCGCAUGCGCAAAAUGCCAAACAGGAUGUGCCACGGAUCUGACGACGGUGACUGUCACUGAAGGUGCAGCACCGCUAUCCUACAACCCAGGUGGUCCUCAAUUGCCCCCAACCAAGAGACAAGGGGGUCCCAUCAUUCCAUGCACAUCUACCUUGAGCCAAUUGAAACAGUUUACCCAUGGGCCUACGAGGACUCUCUUCCUAUCUACCAUUACAGCCACUAGCAGUGUAGACUGCGCGGGUUGCGGUGCUUUAAGCGUCCAGCUAAUUGGCGGCGUUGGUCCUGCUGUGAGAUUUACAACAACGGUGGAAGCAGAUGUGCCAACCACUACUACGGCUUUUGUUUGCUCCCCGACGCCCGCAUAAGUUUUGAAAUAUUAUCUGGAAUCAUUGGGUUUGCUUUGGAUGUUCAUUUUAUGCUUGGACCUUGGCUCACUGCUACACUCGUUUUGCAAUACAGAAAGAGAGGGAGAUUUUUGAUCAAAAUUUGUAAUGCAGUUCCGUACCGUUACUUUUACAAAUAUAAGCUUCAGCCUCUUUUGACUUGGCAAUGCAAUCAAUGUUCUUGGAAGAUAAUUCUU